GCCGGUCUCCCACGCACAGGAACGACAUCACUCAAAGCCGCACUAGAGAUAUUAGGUCUCAAACCAUGUCUCCAUUAUGCUGAUGUGAUGCAAGAGACCUACCCAUGCACGCAGUCGCGACGCUGGAAGCAAGCCCUGUCCUUAUACGGCGAUGAGCACAAAGCCGCACGACAAGCGCUGCUGCGACAGAUAUUCGAGCAAGGGCGAUACGCGGCUACGCUUGCCUACCCAGCCUCCGUCUUCGUACAAGAUCUCGUUGAGAUAUAUCCUGACACACAAGUUGUGCACAGCAUCCGCUCAUCAACAGCCGUGUGGAAAAACUCCGUCGAUUCAGCCAUGAGGCCCGUUGAAAGCGGAUAUUCGGGCAGAACACUGCUGGCGUUGUGGACGCGGCUAUUGAAGCCUUCAAGCCUGCGGCCGGACCUUGUGGCGUGGGGUCGAAGACAGUUCGGUGCUGGAUACAGAGAUGCCAACAACGCACAGUUGUACGAAGGGUAUAACGAGUUCGUUAAGGAGGUCGUACCGCCUGAGAGACUGUUGCCAGAUUUUGAGUCGACUGCGGGCUGGGGUCCGCUUUGCGAUCUGCUGGGCGUGCCGGUGCCGGUGGAUGAGCACGGCGAACCUAUACCUUAUCCGCGACUUAACGAUCGAGCUACUAUGGAGAAUCGGCGGAAAGCUCGAGUUACACGUGGUUUGAUGUACUGGGCUAUAGUGGUUGGAAUU